AUGAACAGUUUUGAUUCUCAAAGGCAAGACUCCUUGAAAAGGAGAUGGCAAAAAAAUCAUCCUAACCGUUCGAGCAGCGCUUCCAGUUUCUAUUCCAGACUUCUGGGUGAUACUCCAUCACCGUUAAUGGGUAACCCUAAAAAUCUCCAAAGCUUUCCCGGAGGUUUUGAUGAUGAUGAUGAUCUAGUCUCCAAUGUGCUCCCACCAGUCACAGUGGUGCUUGAAGGCCGUUCGAUCUGCCAGCGCAUCAGCCUUCAUAAUCAUGCCAGCUACCACAGCCUUGCAAAGGCUCUCCGACAGAUGUUUGUGGACGGCGGCGAGUCUGGUGUUACGUCUGAUAUUGGUGUUGAUCUUUCGAAUGCUGUUCCUGGUCACCUCAUUGCUUAUGAAGACAUGGAAAAUGAUCUUCUUCUUGUUGGUGACCUUAAUUGGAAGGACUUUGUUAGGGUGGCCAAGAGGAUUCGGAUACUGCCAUCGAAGUCUAAUUCAAGGAAGGGAACAGGAGGGGCAUGA